AUGGAAUGGUUUCGAUAUCUAGUCUCCUUCCUGCUAUUAAUUCAUUUAAGCUUAGCUGCGAUUCGUAUGAGUCAACCAAAGAUUCUAUUACCAUUUCAUCCGCGUAUUGAAACAAAUUUUACGUUAGAAGCAACCGAUGGCUGUUUUCAAUGGUCAUCAUCACGCCCGGAUCUCGUUCGUAUUGAUCCCGUAGGAGAAUUUUCAAUAAAAAAUGGUGAAAAUUGUUCCCUACAUGCUAAUGUGAUAGCUCAUACAAAACACUCAUUACGUGCAAGUGCAACGGUUUAUGCUCGAGAUAUUCUAACUGGACAAUCAGUUCGAUGCGAUGUUAUUAUCGAUAAAAUUCAAACAAUCGAAAUUGUUUAUACAACAACACGAUUGUAUUUAGAAGAUGCUCCUGAAUUAUUUAAAUUACGUGCUCAUGAUCAACAUGGAUCAACAUUUUCCUCGAUUGAACAUUUUCCUUAUGAAUGGAAAUUAUUGAAUGCUGCUAUUGUUGACGAACAAAGCGUAAAAAAACCAGCAACUGGAACACUCGAUGCAACAAAAGUCAUACGUAUUCUUCGUCUAACUGAUUCAUCUUAUGAAAUGAGUGAAACAGUUCGAAAUCUUGAAUCGCAUGGUUCAUUAUCCUAUGAAAUUCUACUCGAAGGUCUUCGUACUGGUUCAGCAUUUGUUCAAGCGGAAUUAAUCGAUAAUGAUCUCUAUCAUGGUAUUCGAACACGAUCUGUUCGAUUGUCUGUAUCAGCGAAUGUUCAAUUUCAUCCAUCCACUGAUGUUUAUUUACUCCCGUAUUCACGUUUAGCAUUUCGUCUUUUUCAAAUCAAAAGACAAGAAUCAACAGAUAUAACAGAUUUACCAUCAACACGAAUGCUCUACGAAGUUAAACUAGUUAAUGAUGAUGCUGGCCAUUUGAAUGACCAAACACUUCUAUUUACGGCAACCGAUCAUGCUGAUGAACAAUCACGUGUUGAAUUAAUCGAUCGAAAUAUGAAAGCAAUCGAUAAUGAUACAUAUGAGCCAACAUCUCUAAUGAUACGUAUUGUUAAUAUUGGCUAUUUAUCAGCUAUAACUAAUUCAACACGACCAUGGAUAUUUCAAGUCGGAGCCUAUUAUCUUGUUACUGUCGAAAUGUUUGAUGUUAAUGGAAGAAAAAUUUAUCCAACAGAUAAUUUAGAUUUAUCGGCUUCGAUUCCAAAUGAAUCUCAUAAAACUUGUUUAAGUUUAAAAUCUCUGUAUCAAAAUGGUACACAAUACGUACUUCGACCAAAUUGUCCAGGAAGAUUUGAAUUAGAAUUUCGUCUUAAUGGAAUGAAAGUUCAUGAUCUUAUCGAGACAUUAGUUACAGCUUCAACAAAACAAUGGUUUGAAGUUUAUUUACCAUUAGUUGCACAACCCAAACGAGUUCUCUUACCUGAAAGAACAGGAGUCAAAGAUGUGAAAACACCCUAUUGUCCAAUUAAAGUAUUAGGUGGAAGUGGAGAUUACACUUUUACGUCAAGAGAUACAAGUGUUGUUACUGUAUCUUCAACGGGUGAUCUCAUGGAACAAACUUCAUUAAAUUCUACGACAGUCGAUAUCUUCGAUAAAAAGUCACCUGAAUUAAAUGCAUCUGUCUCCGUACAAGUUGUUCAACCGACUGAAUUUAGUUUAUUUGCAUGUCCAGUUGAAACAGAUCUUAAUUCUCUACUCUAUUUACCUAUUCAAUUAUAUUAUAAAAAACAACCGUUCACAUGUUGUUCUCAUCUUGAUUUCGAUAUACUUAUUGAUAAUAAUAUAUUUCAAUAUCAAGGUAUUAUUCCAUCGCACGAUCAUGUUAACGAGUCUUGUGCAUUGCUCGUAUUCAAACCAAUAAAAACUGGCCUAACAAAUGUUCGUGUUAUUCUUAAAAACUCAAAUCUUCAACAAACAAUCAGUUUAAGUGCCUAUGAAAAAUUAAACGUCAACCUCAAUAGUUUAUUAUUAACUACAAAUUCUCAAUAUACAUUAGAAUUAUCCAAUGGUCCAUUGAAUUUUCAUGAUCAUGAGUCAUUAAAAUACGAUAUAUUUCCAUUGGACAAUCACAUUAAAUUCAAGCAGGAUCCAUCGAACUCAAAUCUGUUACGUGUAAAAUGUGUUAAACCCAUCGAACAUAUUCAAUUCGAUGUAUCAAAACAAAAUUCUCCAACAAAACAAAAUCUUUGUCCCGUAAAAUCAACCAUUUCAAUCGAUGUAACAUGUCAAACAACAAUCUAUUCUCUCUCACUUCAACCUAUACUUCAUACACAAUGUCCGCUAUCGAAUCGUGAUUAUGUGAUUACAUAUUUCAAUCAAAUUUUAUUGAUAAACAUCAUCGCUUAUAAUGAGCAUCAAAUUCCCUUUACAAAUUUUUCAUCAUUAAAAACUGAUUGUUCCAUCAAAUCCAAUGGCCAUUUAGCUGAUCUUCGCAUGAACAAGAAUCAAUUGGAAGUCAUACCAAAAUCUCAACCGGGCAAGAUUUUACUUCAUUGUUCAGUCGAUAAAAUUGAGCAACAACUUGAAAUUGAAUUUAUAACAAAUAUUCAAAUACCAAGUCCAAUUAAAUUGAUUUACAUCAAUGAAUCUUUGUCGCCCUUAGAUAUUUAUGGAGGUUCGGGCUACUUUACAUUUGAAACAAAUGGACUAUCAACUAAUCCAUUAAUUGAAUUGAUAACCAAUGAUGUUAAUUCACGAUUAGUCUUUAUUAAACCAUUGAACUUUGGACGUACGAAUUUAAAGAUUGUUGAUCAAUGUUUACCGUCAUCGACAAAAUCCAUGGAAAUUAUUAUAGCUGAGAUUGACCGAUUGAAAAUUUCGGGUCGUAGUCGAUUAGAAUUAAAUACAACAUCAUUGAUUUAUAUUCAAGCAAUGGACUCCGAUGGAAAUUUAUUUAAUCUAACAAAUAUCUAUCAUUUGAUUAAUAUUAUGAUUGAACAAAGUCAAAAGCCGGAUAUUCUAUCAAUUGAAUAUGAACCAAAAUCAAAUUUAGAUCAUCAAACACUUGCCUAUCGAGUUCAUACGUUAGAUAUUGGACGAACCCAUGUUAAAUUCUAUGCACUAAAUGUUAAAAGUACUCUAAUUGAAUUUGAAGUUUAUGAAAAAUUACAAAUUCAACCAAAAGAAGUAAGCGUUUUACCAUUAUCAAUGGUACAACUCAUGAUUAAAGGUGGUUCUCAAAUGGCAGGAACAACUAUUGAAUGGUCAACAAAUAAUACAGAUGUUCUCGACUUGGAAAUAAAUAAUAUCUUUAAAACAAAAACCAUUGGUCAUGCCAUUGCUCGAGCAAAAUCAAUUGGAUUCGAUCCACUUUUAGGACAAUCUGUGGUCUACGGCGAAGACACCUGCGUGAUUCAUGUUGUUCAAAUACAUUCUAUUCGUCUUCAUAUCCCAACAACGGAAGUCCUACCAAAUAAAUUCGUUCCCGUAACUGUUCUUCCGUAUGAUCACGAGAAAAAUCUAAUUGUUAUAACUGAUGUAUUUCUUCAUUCGCUCGUAUUCACAUGGUCUUUAUCGAAUACUCAUCUUGCACAAUUUCGCCCGGUUAUUGGUAAUAUUUCAUCGUACACGCGUACGUUUGUCACAAAUAUUGAGACAUUAAGAACUGGUCGCAUUACUAUUGAUGUUCGUUUAUUGACAAAUUCGAAAAAUUUAAAUAAAUUAUUAAUACAAUCUUCUACUGAAUUAUCAAAUUCAAUUGAAUUAAACAUUCUUGAACCAUUUUAUCUAAAUGAUUUCGGUGAAACACGUACAAUUUUACUUGGACCCAAUUCUCGUUUGAAUUUAUUUCAUAUUCCCAAUGAUAUAACACUCGAACUUCUGUCGUCAUCAAAGAAUAUUCAUCUCGAUGCAGAUACGAAAAUUCUUCAUAGUGACCAAAGUGCCGAUGGUGAAGCAAUUCUAUAUAUGAAAUACCGUGGAACAAAACAAGAAAAAAAAUCUAUUGUCGGAACUUAUCUUGUUCAAAUUAAACCAAUUCAUUAUAUUCUUCUACAAAGUUAUUUAUCACAAGAAACUUCAUCUUUAUUUUCAUCGAUACCAGUCGAUUAUAAACUUCCAUUAAGUGUCUCUUAUCAUGAUGAAUUAGGCAGACGGUUCGAUGCAACGUCGAUAUCGAUUCGUACAUUUUCUUAUCGUGGUGAUAUGAUCGCCGCGAACUUCAACAACAGUCAAAUGUAUGAAAUAAUUCCAUUAAAAAAUGGUUCGAACAUUCUUGUCUUCGAUGGAGGUUUGAAAUAUUUACGAGCUUAUCUACCGGUACAAGCCAACAACGGUUUUCUCUUGCCAAAAUCGUCGAUAUCGACUCUAAAACAAUUGUAUUAUAUUGGUGAUAUUGUUUGUUUUGAAACAAAUAUAAAUAAUGACGAAAAAAAUAAAGAUCGAUGGAGUGGUGAUGAUGGCAUGUAUGUUGAUUCGACAUAUGGUAUUGGACAAAUGAUUAUGGACGGUGAACGACAUUUACAUUUAAAAAUCGACGGACAAACAAUUACAAGCGAACGAUUUAAUGUGCAAACACCAAAUGAAAUUAAAUUAUACAAAGGAGCAAACGACUUUUUAUACGAUGGCGAAGAAGGUAAACCAUCUUCGUAUCCGCUCAUAUUCGGCACUGAUUCGACAACAAAUCUUCAUGGUUCGUGUCAACGUGAAGGAAUUGAACACGCUCAAUCGAUUCGUACACUUCGUCCAUUAUUUGAAUGUCAUCUCGAUUUUGUUAAAAGCAAAACAAAUAAUCUCAAAGCUGCGUCCUUUUUCAAAACAGAAGCUAUAUUCGAUCUUGAUCUAAUGAGUUGGGCGUGUCGAAUAACUCGCAAAACAUCUCACGAUUCGAGUACAUUUGAUGAUUCAUUACGUUUGCUGGUUCAAACACCGUAUCAAACAACUUCCAACCAACUAAUCAUUCCAUAUCAACCGGUAUUUAAAUUAUCGUCAGCAUCAUCGAUAUAUCUUUCUGAAGAACAUCCUUACAAUUCAAUUCAUAUAUCAACAUUAUUAACCAAUGAAAAAUACAUGCAAUUAAAAUCAUCAGAUCCGUCAGUAGUGCGAAUAACAAAAAAUUCCACUGAUCCAUUUCUAUACAAUAUUGAAUUACGUCAUGGCGCAAACACAAAUAAUCAAGAACAAAUUUAUAUUGAUGUUAAAAAUACUCUAACAGGCCAAACUCAACGUGUAAAUAUCAGAAUACAAAAACGAUUCAUUGAUAACCCCAUUGGACGUAUAGUAGCAAGUCUUUUACUAUGUGCAUCAUUAGCAUUGAUUGUUUAUGGACUGGCAAAUCGAAAACCGUUUUCAUCGUCAUCAGCAAUAACACCAGGAACGCCAAUGAUUUCAAAGCAAAUCUCCUCAACACCUCGCGUUCUUCAUUCACCACCGACACCAAAAAGACAUUUACUAUUCGAUGAUCAUCAUUCGUCGCCUUUUGAUUCACCAACAUCGAUUCUAACUCAUGAUCAACCUGCUGUAAGACUCUAUUCAGCGCAAGAUUUACGUUCGCGAUCCAUAUCAAAUACGCCACGAUCAGCGAUGAGUAAUACAACAUUACCCACAACAGACGAUAGAGAUCUUCAAGCACGUUGGCAAAGACUUCAUGAAUGA